ACAGUCUACUGUCUGAGAUUGUCUCAAAAAACGUAAAAUCCAUCAAUAUUUUGGGAAAACACUAAUGUUAACAUUUCUAAGCUCAGAAAUACUGUGCUUAGAAUAUUUCCCGCUAUAAUAUGCUGGCUAAAAGCCAGCAGUAGGAGAGAAAAGUUGUAACACGUAGUGAUAAACGUUGGUUUCGUAUCGGUGUUAAAUUCUAUCAAAAUGCCUGCUGUAACUACACCCUCCGUGGAGGAGCAAAAUGAAGCCGAUCAAAAGAUGUGGAGCGCAUUAAAGCGCUAUAUAAUACGCGAAAGACAAAGGAAAAAGGAAGAAUAUGAAGCAGAAGUCGAAGAGGAGAGACUCCGAAAAGAGAGGGAAGCAAGGGAGAGACAAGAUGUCAUGACACUUGAGGAAACAAAAGAACAAAUUGAGCAGUUGGAACAGAAGCUCAAACAGCUUGAGAAAGAGAAACAGCAAUUGUUUAUGCAACUCAAGAAAGUAUUGAAUGAAGAUGAAAUUAGAAAGAGACAGCAACAAAAGGAAACUAAUGACUUUUCCAGCGAGAUGCAAUCCAUGAAGAUGCAGCCGAUGGGCAACAUUCAGAUCCCAAUGUUCCCGCUGUCUACCUCAACUGGGCAAGCGGAACCACCGCCACAAGGCAGACCACCACCUCUAACCUCCCAUAUGAUGACCAAGCAUAAGCAUUCAAACCACAUGUUGUUCCCACAACAGCAGACUAUUGUGCGAGGCCCCAUACAGUCGGGCGUGAAGAGACCUCGUAGCCCCUCACCCACAUACGCGCUCUACGCGCAUCGUCUGCAUCAACCCCCUAUGAAGCACCAACAAGUUUACUCCGAUCAUAAGGUAGAAGAUGGCCGCAUGGGCCGUCAGAUGGCUCGCGCCGUGCUUUGGAAUAAGCCAUCUCAAUACGCGUCAAAUGUGGGAGGUUCUUCCGUAUCAUCGAACGCGUACUACGCGAUGCCGACGUCUGGCGUAGUGGGCGUAGUGGGGGAGCGUCCCCCUCCCCUCCUGUACGCGCACCACGCGCACACCCCGCACACCCCCCACACCCCCCACACGCCGCACCACACGCUCAUGUACCCGCCCGCGCCACAACCUCCACAACUGUACCUGGACAUGUUGAAGAAUAGAGACGGGCAACAACAUCAGGAGCAGAAGAAGGAGGCUCAGCCACAAGUGUUGAUUGGUCUAAGCGAGGCGCACCACCCGUCAGUGAGUAGUGGGGUGGCAUAUGCCCAGCCACCGGUGUCACGUCACCUCUCCAUACACCCACCGCCGCAACAUAACAACAUGCAGACGUCGAAGCCGGGCAGCAUAACGCAAGGCUACCCGGUGCAGCAGUCGAGCAACGUGCAGAACCCCAGCAUGUACCCGAGCAGACACCGCUACUAGCCCGCCGCCGCGCCGCGCCCGUGCACCACGUCAAGAACAUACUGCUGCGGGCACUCGUACAUCAGCUGUUGAAGUAAACUCGCGUAACAUACCAUACUUACUGUAUUUUUUGCAAUCCUGCUACUACGAUAUUUUGUUUACAAAAAUUAACUUGUAUCAGUUUAAUCGAAAAACAUUUUAAUGUUAAGUUUCAUCAAAGGCACUUUAAUCAAAAUAUAGUAAUAAUAAGAAUCUAAAUUAUCGAGACUAGCUUCAACAUCUAAUGUAUGUAUGUACCUUCAGCCUACACAGUGACAACAAAAAGGUUUUAUUUGUGUAUGCAGUGUACGAACUGUUUAGUGAAACCCAGUGUACAGUGACUAUAAUGGGCUCUUUUAUUGGCAACUCAGUGUCAAAUACCGCCAAUAAUAUAGGUGCUAUAAUAAUACAUAGGUCCAUAUUGUCUGCUCCGAACUAAAAUAUACUUUGUGUGAAUGUAAUAACAGUAAAUAUCCUAUAAAUAGAUGAAGUCAAUUAAAACUAGGUUAAAGUUUUAUUAAAUAUGUUUAUUUUUUACUCUAUUUCGAAAUCGUGCAUAGACCAUAGCAUAACUUAAUAUUAAGAGGUUUUGUCGAGGUUCCCAAGUAUUCUGGUAAAAAUACAAUAAAUCUCAAGCUACAUUUAUAGAUCUUUCUAGAAUAGAUACCUCAUACCUUUCUAGAAUAUCUAAGACAAGAAUUAAAAUAGUAUGCUGGCAUAUAAUAUUAAUUAAUGAGAUAGUCCUUUCUAUUCACUCUUGGACCACAUAUUCUACUAAAAUAAAGCUAAUAAUUAACACACUUUGUUGUCAAUAAAAGCCCAAUUUAAAAUUUUAAGUUAUACAAUACCUACAUAUUAUGGUAAUCGGUAAACAAAAGGACUGUAAUAAUAUGAAGUAAAAUAGCAGAAUCGAAAUAGAUUUUGUAUCAACAACUGUAUAAAGAAACUUAACAGUGAUGUGUAAAAAUAUUAAAUAUAUGUUAUUGUGAAUAUGCAGUUAGAAAUAGAAAUAAAAUUAAUAAAUAUCCUCGCUUUUGUUUAUAAAGACUAUGAUAGAUUCAUGGGCUAAUGAUAAAGUUUUGGUUUAAUAGUUUUUAAUGACAUAGUUAAAUACAAUUCCAAAACAGUGUUACCCAAUCAAAAGUGUGCAUAUUUCAUUUAUUUAUAAUUAAAUAAAACAUUAUGUCAAUUAAUAUACGCAAGUCAGUUUGCGCAUAAUUGCGCAAAUUGCGCAAGCAUGUUAUACUUUUGCGCAACUGUACUUGAAACUCGUUUUUUUUGGGGAUAUAGUAAGUUAUUUAAUGGAAAAAAUAUUUUUAUUACCCAUCCUAUUAUAUCCUUUACUAUUUUUCAUAAUUAGUACAAUAUAAUGAUUGGUUAACACUGAUUUGUCCCAAAAAUAUGGAAUAUCAAUGCUUUUGUUAUUUUUAUGUGCUAGAGUCUUAAUAAUUUACAAAUAAGUGGGAUAAAACAAAAAUAUUUGUUCAAUAAACCUAUUUUAUAAAAACAUGUAAUACAUUUAUUGACUAAAGUAAGUACCUAUAGAGGCACAAAAAACAGAGCCAGAGUCAUGAGGCAUGAACUGUAAAACAGUAAGUUCCUAAUAAACAUCCAUGACUAUUUGAAAUUGAUCUUUACUUCGUAGCAAGAAGAGUGGUUUUUGUUAAAUUUCUUAACUGUCACAGUUGAACUGUAUAAAGAUGGCGCCUGUAUGAAAUAAGUAGUACUCUUAAAAGUAUGAUGUUUGUGUAGUGUUGGACAAUGAGCUAAGACAUAAUAGAAACAUUUACUUUCAUGUACAUUUCAGUAGGAUAUGCAGAUGUUGUCCUUGUGUGUGCAAUAAUAUUAGCCCUUAGCCAUUUGAUAUGGCCCUUGUUAGUGGAAAACAUGUAUUAAAUCUUAUAAGGAUCAAAUCUCCAUGCACUCUGAAAUCUGCAUAAAAGAAAAUUAGUCGUUUUUUGCGCAAAUCUUAGGUAUGAUCAUCUACUAGGUGUACUCUGAUGGACUCCAGAUGUCGCUAAAAGCUUAGUUUUCAGACUACAGUAUCAAAAUGAUGAGAAAUGUGAAUGUGCUAUAAAAACACCAAUGCUGCUUGUUCUGGUUUAAGAAAUAUGAAAUAUAAAAUGAUUCCUAUAUGAA